GUGUACUCUUGAAACUGACACUGUCUUUUUCGCGUGGCAAGUUUGCUAUAAACAAAUCAGUCGAAAUUUCUUCAAUGUUAUUUAUUUUAUUUUAUUGCAAAAAAAAAGCUUUCAACAUGAGUUUUGCACCGGUAUCGUCGAGAGCCUUCUCGGCGAUCCAGAAACUGGACCUUGGCGAGCUGGCACAGUGCACGGUGGCGGAGAUUCGCCCCCUUUUGCCGUGCCUGGUGCGUAUGAGUUUGCUGCCGGCGCUGGACGGAACGAAGAGCUGGAUGGAGGCGCGCAAGCAGAUUCUCUCCAUAUUGGCCGGCGUCGAGGUCGUUAACAAUAUCGUGUCCCUCCUGCAGGUCAGCUUCCACGAGCUUGAGGUGGACGUCAAGAAGGAGCAGCAGCUAAGGCAAAAAAUCGGAUUCACCGCCCAGGACUCGGCCCAAUUUCAUAGCCUUCCAAAUGGAGUCGUAAUGGGCUUUGAGCGAGCGGACAUCGUGAGCAAAGUGAGAGUAGUCCUGUCAGAGUUGUUUUACAUCCAGGCGCAGAUCGCGGAACAAACGACGCAAGCGGCCAUCCAAAAGUCGUCUACGGAAAUCGUGAUUAAAAAGUCGGAACUAUUUGACAACGACAUCUAUCUGGAGGAAAUUGCUGAUAUCAUUUGUAUAGCGUUGGCCGAGCUGCCAUCACUUCUGAGUCUGACGGAACUUGUCGAAACAUUGCUGUACGUAAACUGUGGAAGCCGCAUCAUUUGCUGGGUCGUGGCCAACAUGCCCGAUUGCUUCCGAGAGGUUGUGACGGCGCUUAUAGUGAAUGGCGAUGAGGACACGCCGGAUGGGAAGCUUCGGUUGGCUGCCCUCUAUGAGCUGUGCGACAUGAAUCCGGGCCAAGCGUUGACAACGAGAACAAUCUGCGUGGAACAGACGAAGAUGCCAUCGUUGAUGCUGAAGCUAAGCCUAAAGGACCCGCAGAACUUGGUUGCCUUUGUGUCGGGCCUGUUGCUCGGAAAUGAUCAAAAUAUUCGCACCUACUUGGCGCUGUAUGUUCGAACAAGUCAAAAACGCAAAGGAGACGCACUUUACAUGAUGCGCGACGAGCUGUUGCGACAGCUGCAAAACAUUGUAGCUCACUCGCAGAAUUCUCACCUGCCGGAAGAGCACGUUGUGCAAUCGGCUGCCAUGUUGCGUCUGUACUGUGCCCUGCGAGGAAUCUCCGGCAUCAAGUUCACCGACGAAGAGAUCUUGUGUCUCAUCCAGUUGAUCACAUCGAAGCCACCGCCGACACCGGCGGGAAUUCGGUUCGUGUCCCUCGGUUUAUGCAUGCUGAUCGCUUGCCCUUCACUGAUUGCCCACGUUGGCAUUGAAGCGAAAGUAAUAGAAUGGAUCCAGUGGUUGAUUAAGGAGGAAGCUUACUUUGAGAGCGUCAACGACACGUCGGCGUCAUUCGGAGAAAUGUUGCUGCUAAUGGCGAUUCACUUUCACUCCAAUCAGCUAACUCACAUUUGCGAGCUGGCUUGUUCGACGCUGGGCAUGAAAUUUCCCCUGCGACCUAACACCAUCAGCCGCAUGAAGACCAUUUUCACGCAGGAGAUCUUCACCGAGCAGGUGGUGGCAGCACACGCCAUCAAGGUUCCCGUUACAAUGAAUCUGAACGCUACGAUUCCUGGCUAUCUGCCAGUCCAUUGCAUUCAUCAGCUGCUCAAAUCGCGAGCUUUUUCCAAGCAUAAGGUCCCAAUCAAAAGUUGGAUUUACAAACAAAUUUGCAACUCGGUGACGCCGCUUCACCCCGUGCUGCCGGCUCUGAUAGAAGUCUACGUCAACUCUAUCAUUUUACCCAACCAGAAAGGACCGGUCGAACACACGCACAAGGCACUUUCGGAACAGGAAAUUCAGCAGGUGUUUCAAAACUGUUCCCUCUAUCAGGGCAGAGCCGAUGCGAUGGAUACUUCCCAGAAAGAAGAUGCCACUGCAGAUAACAAUCCGAAUUUGACGCCCCAAUUGCUACUGCUCUACUACCUGUUGCUGUACGAGGAUGUCCGGUUGAGCAAUAUGGUCAACAUAAUCACAAACGGCCGACAGGUGAAAGGUUACUCCAACGAGUUUAUGUCAGAGUUGCCGAUCAAAUUCCUGCUUCAUCAAGCGCAAAACCAACAGGAGUACAGUGUCUUGUUUAGUCCUCUGCUGCGUCUGCUUGCAACAUUUCCCCAUUUGUCGCUCGUAGACGACUGGAUCGAUGAGGAGGGCAUUUCGCUCGAGCACACUUCGGACGCUCCGCUGACCGAGAUGAACAUCGUCGAAGCAUUCGAAGAGAUCGAACUUCGUCCAGGCAAGACCAUCAAAUGUCUGAAAAUCAUGGCGAAAAAGUCUCCGACAGAUCUGUGGCCCUUGGCGGCCACUUUUAUUCGAUACUUUAAGAAGAUUCUCGGUUGUACGGUACCACGCUUGAUUCAGGAGGAAUACGGUUCCGUGUGGCUCCGAUUGAAUACCGUUUUUCCCCGGCGACUGUGGGUUAUGUCGAUCAACGCCCUGAUGCCGGAGGAUGCAGUGACGAAAAACUUCAAUCUAACGCAGGAAACCAUCCUGAUUGACCCGUUGCAAGUGCUGCGCUGUGACGAACGUGUGUUCCGCUGUGCCGGGGCACUGACGAUCGUGCUGCGCAUACUGCAAGCCAGUUUGGCCGCGUCCAAAAGUCAACUCACGCGCCACAUGCUGGAUAAACCGUUGAUCGAAGUGGGACAUCAGGUGAAAUCCGACACCGACCGGGAAGAGCUCAAGCUGGCACUGGUGGCCUCGCAAGAAAGUGUCGCCGUACAGAUUCUGCUGGAGGCUUGUCUUGAAACCGAAGACGAUCGCCUGAAACCGGGUCGACAGUGGUCAUUGCGCGAAAUUCGUGGCGUCAUCUGUUCGUACAUCCAUCAGGUUUUUAUCGCGGAACCGUCGCUAGCCAAGUUGGUUCACUUCCAGGGCUACCCGCGCGAACUGCUCGCCAUGACGGUCCGCGGAAUCCCGUCGAUGCACAUCUGUCUGGACUUUAUUCCCGAGCUACUCAGUAUGGCCGAAAUGGACAAGCAAAUUUUUGCCAUUGACCUGACAUCGCAUCUAUCCUUACAGUACGCUCUACCUAAAUCGCUCAGUAUUUCCAAGUUGUGCAUAAACACGCUGACCACGCUACUGGGAGUUCUCUCCAGCGACACCCGCAUUGAAAUGUUCCGUGCCGUAUUGCCUUGUAUUGUGCGCUUUUCGGAAGCGUUCCCCCCGCUGUUGGACGAGUGUAUUAUGUUUUUGAUGCAGCUCGGCCGCAUCGCCGAAUCCCAGGCAACCCUCGGACGGGCCGCUUCCCUGCCAACGCUGUAUCUAGGUCCAGAGGCAAAGGUACGAUCACAGAGCAAACGAUCCCAAUACGCUGAAAAGCUGGUCGAGGAAGUAAAGGAAACGUACAGCAGACUGUUGGACGACGCAGUUCUCAAUCCGAAAAUUUAUUAAUCGAAUAAAAACGUAAUUAAAAGUAUAUUGCAACAAAAUUAA